AGCGCAGUCUGCAACAGCCAUGUUCUUCACAGAAGCUGAAUGUUUGUUCUGGGUUUUUGUUCUCUGUCUCUCAGGUGUUCAGGGACAAACAAACAGCAUCUGUGCCUUGAAAGGUUCAUCAGUGAAUCUGUCCUGCUCACAUCAACAUCCAACUUCAAGCAUGAACUGGUACAGUGUACACAGGGGGGGCUUCAAGAUUGAGACCUCUGCAGAUGGAAAGUACAGCAUGUCAGCAGAUAGUAACUUGACUCUGACAGUCAACAAUCUAGCAGAGAAUGAUGCAAACAUUUACUGCUGCAGAGAACCUGCUGACAAAUCAGACUGCGGCCAAAGGGGAAUUUCUCUCAGUGUUGCAGAGCUGCAGGUAAAGGUGAUUCCUGCCACAGAGGGACAGACAGUAACACUGAUGUGCAGCAGCAGCUGUCCUCUGACUGAAAAGCCUGCAGCCUACAUCUGGUACAAGAACAGAGAGUUUCUCUAUGAGGACUGGUCUCCCUGGUACCAAGAGCUGCUCAGCAGUGAGGAAGCAGUCACAUACUCCUGUGCUGUCAAAGGCUACGAGGAUCUCAGAGCCCCUGAAGUCUCUGUGGAUUCCAUCACAUCAACAUGCUUCAAUGUGACUUACACUAAAAGCGAAAUGUGUCCUUAUCAGCAGGGAUCAGAACAUGAGCCUUGUUCCAUCACAUUUCCAAGAGUGGUACAUGUUGUAAAGACACCUGGGAACACACUGACCUGUAGCACCUCAUGUCCUCUGAUCGACCCUCAAACUGUCUAUGUGUGGUAUGAAAAUGGAAAACUUUAUAGGGAAAAUGUAAGGAGCAUUUCAACUCCAAGUUCUUUGAAAAACAACUUUUACUGUGCAAUUAAAGGUCACGAGCAUCUUCAAUCUGAUGAAGUCUGUGUUCAGGAUAAAAACUGCUGGAGAGUGAAUUAUGUCAGCAAGAGAAUCUGUGCUCUGGAAGGAUCUUCAGUCAGCCUAAUCAGUAAAUACUCACAUCCUGAUUACAUGAAACCAGAGUUUAAAUUAUGGAAUAAAAAAUGGAGAACAGGUGAUAAGGAACUUGAAAAACCGAUUGAGCCUUCAGGCCGUGUGGAGUAUCACGACAACAUGAAGAACCAACACACCCUGACCAUCAACAACCUGAAGAAGAAUGACUCAGGAGGAUACACAUUCAUCCUGAAACAAAAUGAUAAAGAACUGAAACUGCCUGGAGUCUUUUUGAUUGUCACAGGUAAAGUCUCCUAA